AUGGAUGAAGAAACUCUUUGGAGAUCACGCAUUCUUGAAGAACGAGCAAAUGAAUUAAUAGAAUACAAAAUGACAGCUUCUGAGCAAGUGGAGUCACAAAUUGAAAGAGUUAAAGGAACACUUGAAAGACAAUUACGCGCGAAUCAAGCUUAUCGAGAACAUAUCAAAUCCUUAGAUCAAGAAAUCAAACAAUUAAAGGAGAUAAUAAAUUCUUUUGGAAAUAACGAAGAAGAAAUGUAG